AAAGAUGCCAGCGAACGCAAGCUGAAACGACGGGAAAAGACGAGCCCUACCCAAGCGCAGCAUGACUCUAUACUCGUUACACCGACGAUACGUUACCAGCCGCAACGGGAAUCUCGAGCCAGUAGCCAGCGAUUCCACCAAAGCAUAACCAGGCAAAUUUGGCUCGAGACCGUCCGACAGGUCAAAAAGGGGUCGUUCAGCAACUGGCGCAAUACGUUGGACCUCCUUCGACGACAGACCCGGCCUAUUAAAGGGCCCUGGCAGCGCAAUGUGCGUAAGAUCACAGUCGGGGUUGAACUCGCAUAUACGCUCCUCCACGAUGUCGACAAAACUAUUUGGGACAUACAGGAGCAAACGAGAUGUCAUAUCGAGAUGCGAUGGCCAAAGGAUAAAGACGGGACACUCAGUGAAGUGGGAUACCUUUUUCUCUCGGGCGACGAAGACGCUUUGGAACACGCAAGCGGAGAGAUUUCUAGACUUGCCGCUCAAGCCGACAGCACGAUCAGUAUCGAAGGAGCCAUCGGCAGCAACUUCUCUACAACGGGCCGUGACGAGGUGGCUGAAGCAAGAAACGAAACUGUAUGGAAAAGUUCCGAGGAAGACCAGCGUCCGGCGUAUAUGAAGGAGUACUCACACGCCCACAAAUACGAAAGUAUCCCGAAACCGAAAGAAUGGACGCCUGAUACAUUCUUGGCCUACAUAACCGCCAUCACAAACGCGAGGAUCACUGCGCAUGACAAGUAUAAGAUGUACGGCGCGGGCCCCGCUGCAGACGACGCGGCCCUCAAGCUACUUUUCAGCGCAUUCACGGAUGAGUCUUCGAGACAUGCGCGGUCGAGGCGCGCUUUCAAACAGGCAUUGCGUUUUAUUGAGCUACGUGGCAAUUCCUAUAGGAAUCAUGCCCGGGACCUCUUCCAGAGCCAGCGAGAUGCACCAUUUUCGAUUGAUACCGGCGUUUUCAACAUCAUGCUGGAAAACUGUGCCAAGGUGAAGGAUCUCAGCAACUUUCACAGCUUGUUAGGGAUGAUGAUUAGCUAUGGUUGCCAGCCAAACGCCAAAACAUGGGCGUUGUAUAUGGACAUGAUUGAGAGCAAACAAAUCCUCCAGCAUGUUCUUCGACUGAUGCACUCGCUUGGCCUCCUUUUGGAUCCCGGCGUCGUGCCACUCAUCACGAAGCGACUCGUCACGGACGACAUGCGCAAGUUGGAACACAACUGGCCCGGUAUCCGCUCGUUCCUCGAGACCCUGACCGCCAAGUACGGUACGGCCUGGUCUUCGAGGCCAGUCAUGCACGUAAUCAUGAACGAACUCGGACGUAUGGGCAACUUUGCCUCAUGCUGCGACCUCUGGGACAUCAUGGCCGAGUCCCGGAAUACCUUCCCCACCACGCUCACGCUCAACACGAUGCUUCAACAUGCGAAAGCCCAGCGCAAUAUAACAUUCGCCACGGCCGCGUUGGAGAAGGCUCACAAGCACUUCAUCUUGUUGAACGAGCAAUCAUACCACAUACUCUUCUUCCUGGCCUUCAGGCUUAAUAGGCCCAACGCCAUGGGCGUCAUCUGGCGGUAUGCCUGUAUAGCGGGCCGAACCAGCUCGGACAUGCGCAAUCACAUCAGCAACUGGCGGUACGGCGUCAACCCGCAAGACGUUCUGCAGCACGCCAUCGAGCCGAAUCCCAAGGCUCACGCAUCACCCUGCGCUCUGCCGUCCUGGUUCGACCAGAACGUGACGGGGCCGAACCAAGUCAACGGCGCCCGGAUCAGCAAGGCCACGCACGAUUACUUCCGGGAACACAAAAUGCGACCCUGGUACCCGCUCCAUCAACUUCUCUCGUGGGCUUGGGGAGCCGACGGGAAAAUCAUUGCGGCGGUCAAGGAGGCCAAGCAGCAG